CGCAAAUGGCGUCCGAGCCGGAAGUAAUACCCCUUCUUUCUUCGGUUCCGGCGGCGUCCUUGAUGAACGUAGGAGCGACGUAGUUUGUUGCGUGACGGCUUUAACGAGGGACUGAGAAGAAGCCGGAGCGAAGAAAAAGCUGCCUUGAUCCACCAUGUCUUUAGCAGAUGAGCUUUUGGCUGACCUUGAAGAGGCAGCAGAGGAAGAAGAUGGAAGUUUUGCAGAUGAAGAGGACGAAUCUCCCAUUGAAGAUGUCCAUGAAGAGAUGCAAGUGGAUCUGGCAACUGAUUCGGUCAAGAGUAUUGCCAAGCUGUGGGAUAGCAAAAUGUUUGCUGAAAUUAUGUUGAAGAUUGAGGAGUACAUCAGCAAGCAACCAAAAGCAUCUGAAGUUCUAGGUCCAGUCGAGGCUGCUCCUGAAUACAGAGUGAUUGUGGAUGCCAACAACCUCACCGUAGAGAUUGAGAAUGAACUGAAUAUUAUACACAAGUUUAUCCGAGACAAAUACUCCAAGCGAUUCCCAGAAUUAGAGUCCCUUGUUCCCAAUGCUUUGGACUACAUCCGGACUGUUAAGGAACUGGGCAACAGUUUGGACAAAUGCAAGAACAACGAGAACCUUCAACAGAUCCUUACCAAUGCCACAAUCAUGGUGGUCAGUGUGACUGCAUCUACUACUCAAGGGCAACAGUUGACUGAGGAGGAACUAGAACGCAUCGAGGAAGCCUGUGACAUGGCCCUAGAGCUGAACCAAUCGAAGCACCGCAUCUAUGAAUAUGUGGAGUCCCGUAUGUCCUUCAUUGCCCCAAACUUAUCCAUCAUUGUUGGGGCCUCUACUGCUGCCAAGAUCAUGGGAAUUGCCGGUGGCCUCACCAACCUUUCUAAGAUGCCAGCUUGCAACAUCAUGCUCCUGGGAGCCCAGAGGAAAACUCUCUCGGGCUUUUCCAGCACUUCUGUACUGCCUCAUACUGGUUACAUCUACCACAGUGACAUUGUGCAGUCAUUGCCUCCGGAUCUGCGGAGAAAAGCAGCACGUUUGGUGGCAGCAAAAUGCACCCUAGCAGCUCGAGUGGACAGCUUCCAUGAGAGUGCUGAAGGGAAGGUUGGAUAUGACCUGAAGGAAGAGAUUGAGAGGAAGUUUGAUAAGUGGCAGGAGCCACCUCCAGUGAAGCAAGUGAAGCCACUGCCAGCCCCUCUGGACGGACAGAGGAAGAAACGGGGAGGCCGCAGAUAUCGUAAGAUGAAAGAACGCCUUGGCUUAACAGAAAUCCGGAAGCAAGCAAACCGGAUGAGCUUUGGAGAGAUUGAAGAAGAUGCUUACCAAGAAGACCUUGGGUUCAGUCUUGGCCACUUAGGCAAAUCAGGCAGUGGCCGUGUCCGGCAGACACAAGUCAACGAGGCUACAAAGGCCCGCAUCUCAAAAACGCUGCAGCGCACACUCCAGAAGCAAAGCAUGGUGUAUGGGGGAAAGUCAACCAUCCGGGACCGUUCCUCUGGCACAGCUUCCAGUGUGGCAUUCACCCCACUGCAGGGUCUGGAGAUUGUGAAUCCACAGGCAGCUGAGAAGAAGGUCACCGAAGCCAAUCAGAAGUACUUUUCCAGCAUGGCAGAAUUCUUAAAAGUAAAGAGUGAGAAGAGUGGUAUCAUGUCCACUUCAUAGCAAAUAUGGAUGCUGCUGUUUCAACCAGUAAUUGGAACCACAUCACACGUGCUGAUAGAAAAGUCUACACCAGAUGUGGACCUUAUUGAGGUUGAAGUUCAAUAGAUUAUUUGAUUUUUACAACUCAGCUCUGAAGUUCUUUUCCCAACCAUAUCAGCUUCCCCCCACCCUUUCUAUUCUCGUAUAGUCCACCAGAACCUGCUAUUGUUUUAGCUGUUGAUGCGGUGGAAUGGCCCAAUAGAAUUAUGCUGUGGUUCUCCUUCAGUAUUCAAAAUAAUUUGGUUAAGUGGUAAGCUAUUUAGCGGCAUAUAAAGACUGUGCUGAACAAACUUGCCGUAUCUUCUCCCAUCAUGGAUUGUCUUGUAUAAUACAAACUAAUUUUGUAAAUAACAGACUGAGAUGCUGCCACUUUUUCUCCAUUGGUAUCUAGGAGCAUUGGAUAGCUAAUCGUCUCUUUUAGAUUCUGAGUUAGAGAUUACUUGGAUUUUAAAAAAAAUCACACUUGCUUCCUGUGCAUGUAGAUUACAUAUUGCCCAGGAAUUAAUUGUAACAGGACUACGUUUUAAUGUAGGAGGUGGAACAUUAGAAUGAAUUUCUCUAAUAUUGUUUGCAUACUUGUUUUUCUCCCCAUUGUGUGGGUUUGGGCCCAGGAUUCCUCAGCCACAUGACUAUUGUUGAAUACUGGGGAUUAAACUCCACACAUGCGGAAGUUUUCAAAGUUGGGAAACACUGCUAUAAUUAGGAGUGCACCUUCCUUGAUUCACGUCCUCCAGAUAGCCAUGCUAACUGGAGUUGAUGGGAGUUGCAAUCUAAGAUCUUUGAGCAGCACAGAAUUAGGAUUGGAGUUGCUUCUAUUUAAAGGGAGAGAAGUGAGAGUAGUAUGAACCUAACCCCAAACUUGCGUCAGUGGCAAAGUGAAUAAAUAUGCUGUAUGUAGAAAUGUGGUUGAGCGUAACUGUGGAAAUGUGGGGAUAAAUUGCAUUCUAUUUCUAAUAAAGUAAAUUAAAAGGA